UGGAAGCACCAGGUGAAGACCUCCACAGAGGCUGAGCGCUGUACCCGCUCUCUCCCACCGCCGUCUGUCUCUUUCGCUCCGUGCAUCCAGCUGAUAUCCGUCGGCCCGGCGGCGCAGUGAAGCGCGCGGCACCCGGAGUCCCGGUUUCAUCUCCAGUGUGUGUGCCAGCCAGAAGUCACCCAAACUGAUGAGGAUCUUCUGAUUGAAUUAAAAAAAAAAAAAAGGUUUCCUUGUUUCUUUUCUUUGCCAAGCGGAAAGAAUGUCGGAAAGGGCCGAGGAUGACGUCAGGGGGGAGCUGCGCCGAGCGGCCAGGCAGCAGCUGAAGCAGCAGCAGCAGCAGAUCCAGCGGGGAGAAGGCUCCACAGCAAUGGCGACUGUUGCGGAGCGGAGAUCAUUGCCGAGUCCAGAAAUAAUGCUGGGACAGCCUUGGAGCAACUGGGUCGACGCCGCCAAACUCCACGGCAACGACGGUGCUGAAUCGGAGGAAAGUUUCAAAGACUUCGGGAAAAAUCGAGAAGCCAUGCGUUUGUGCAGAGAAGACAUGCCCAUCUUCGGCCAGUGUCCCGCGCAGGACGACUUCUACCUGGUGAUGUGCAGCCACUGUGGCCAGGUAGUGAAGCCACAAGCCUUCCAAGCACACUACGAGAGAAGACACAGCUCGGCCAGCAAACCGGCCUCCACCUCGCCGUUCCCCGUGUCGGCCAGGAACCGGAGCGGCGGCGCCGGGCUCGGGCCCGGGCUGACCUCGGGGUCCGCCGCCGGAGUGGCAAGCGGAGGCAUCCUCAGCCGACCUUCCACUGUCGCUGCCGCCGCCGCUGCCAGCUUAUCCUCCUCGUCCUCGUCGUCCUCCUCCAACCCCAAACUCCUGAAACCACCCAAAGAGAAGCUGCCCAGCAUUCAGCGGAGACCCCCGUUCGCCCCCUUCAGGAUGCCGCAGCCGGACAAGAUCCUCACCCCGGCUGUCAAGGUGGAGAAGAUGCAUCUGAGGGUGGACUCUUCAGCUAAGCUGGUGCAGGCUCCAUCUGCCCCUGCCACCACCUCAUCCUCCUCCACAUCCUCCUCCUCUAGCACCACUGUGAGCUCCAACACUACCGCCAUCACGACCUCCUCCUCCUCCUCCUCCGCUUCCUCCUACUCCUACUCCUCCUCAUCAGCCCUCAAAGCAGGCCUUAACUGUCCCUCCAUACCAAAGCCUCCAUUACCGGCCCCAGGUCAGAUUCCCAAUGGCAAGGGCCACCUCUCGGUCCUGUCAGACAAGAAGCAGGACAGCAGCAGCAGCAGUAGCAGACGCCACCUGAACAAGAAACUGACAGAACGUGAGUUUAAUCCAGAUAUCCACUGUGGUGUUUUGGACAUAACGGCACGGAAACCCUGCACAAGAUCCCUCACAUGCAAGACACAUUCCUUAAGCCAGCGACGGGCGGUGCCGGGGCGGAGGAAGCGCUUUGACACUUUGCUGGCGGAGCACAAGAACAGAGCGAGGGAGCGGGAGAGGGAGCGCGAGCUCCACCAGACCCACCCCCAGCAGCCCCCCCCUCUCAGGGACCCACACCCCGCCUCCCACCCCGCCCCCGGCCACGACGCCCACCAGCUGGCUCAUGGCAACGGCCCCGCCCCAGACGCCACUAAGCCUUCGCCGCUCGGAAAGCCCAAAUUCCUCAGCCCCGGUCUUCCACGAUUGAACAGCAGUCACGGAGGCGGCCCUUCCGGAGACGCCGCGGCGGUCCACGAGCCCCCACACCACCCCCAAACUGCCCCCGACGGCGUUUCCAGACCCUCGAGCGACGAGGGGGAGAACGAGGAGCGCGAGGACGCCGACAAACUGGACUGUCACUAUUCAGGUUAUCACCCGCGACCGGCAGCUUACUGUACCUUUGGGAGUCGACUGUUUGGGAGAGGCUGUUACUCCUUCGAUCGGCGGUGGGACAGAGUGCGGUGCGCCCUGAUCACCAUGAUGGACAGACACGUCAACUCCCAGAUGUGGAAGAAAAUCCCUUUGGCCUUGGAGAACUCCUCUGUCGCACCCAACCAUAGGACAAGCACAAAUUCCCACAGUAGCACUCCCUCUUCAGGCUUCCUGGGCCCCCCUGCCACCCUGCCCCAGACACCUUAUAGCCAAUCCUACGAGGGCAAGUCCGUGCUCUCCUAUGGGACCACCUUAAAUGCCCGCGGCUCCCCGCAGGGCGGGGCUGAGCACCCGGCCUAUGGCACCACGCAGGCCCGACAAGUGUCUUCGUCGCCACAGAUGCCUUCAGCCCACUUGUCCUCAUCCUCUUCUUCUUCAGCUCCUUCCCUCGCCUCAGGCCGGGCGCUUAAGUCCCGCUCCUCCUCCAGCAGCAGCAGCAGCAGCAGCACGACCAAGUCGUCAUCCUCCUUCAGGCCCAAGGAGAUCGCCUCCGCCCCCGCCAUCCCCAGCCCCGCCACCGGAGGAAGCACCGGAGCAAACAGCAACAGUAGCAACGCCGGCUUCAGCUCGGGGAAGAAACGGAAGAACAGCUCGGCCCUCUCCUCGUCCCACGGCCCCUCCGAGUCCUCUUCAAAUGCCAACUUCUCUUCCUCUUCUUCUUUCAAGAAGAACUGUGCGAACGUCGGCAGCUCAGGGAGCACCUACCACCACGGCUCGCUCGGUUCCUCGUCGUCCCUGUCCUCGUCCCACAGCGGCGUCCACAGCGUGGGGCUGAACUGCGGCCCCACCGUGCGGACCAACUCGCUGAGCCUCAAGGCCGAGCCCUCCGGCGGCUCGGCGGGCGGCUCGUCGGGGCCGCCGGCGCGGGGCCCCCCGUCGGGCAGCCCCGCCGAGUCCAUCAAGCGCAUGAGCGUGAUGAUGAACAGCAGCGACUCCACCCUCUCCCUGGGGCCUUUCGUGCACCACCAGUCCUCGUCCUCGUCCGACCACCACACCAGCUUCAGCCACCACUCCUCCGACGGCCGCAUGGAGGGCAAGAAGCGCAAGAGCUCCUCCGUCUCCGGCAGCAUUAAUAGUGCCGGAGGGGGCGGGGGGCUUGGAGGAGGAGGAGGAGGGGGGGCGGGGCCUGGGAGGCCCAAAGUGGCCAAGUCACCUGCCAUCAACAACAUCCAUGGAAAGCAUGGGCGGAGCAUUCCAGGGACGCCGGGUCUGCCCAACAACUCCCAUCUACAUCAGCCAAAGGCUCGUCCCUGACAGCGGCGUCCGGCUUCAGUGCACCAAACUGGCAGACGGGCGGGGGACCCGUCCUGAGCGGUCGGCGCGCCGCUCCGGACCGCACGAGGCCUUCUAAGAAUCAAAACCCGCAUUACUCUCAGCUUCCCACAAUCCUCAGGGUGGAGAUGAUCUGGACUGCCCAGUGAAGCAGAUGUACGUGGUCCUUACUAUUUCUCCCAAAGCCAUGUGUUGUGGGGUGGGGGUGGGGGGGGCGGGGACAGCGCCGAGCGUCAGGGGAGGUCUUACCGAGCGAGCCAAAGAUCCCCCCCCACAGCGCCGCCGCCGUCGUCCCAGCGUCCCGAGAGGUCUUCCUGUCUGAUCGGAGGUAGGAGCGCGUGGCAGCGGCCGCGGGGGGAGGAGGAGGGGGGCGGGCGCCUCCACCCUCGUCCCGCGGUUCAAGUGCCGGCCGGCUUCAGGUUAAGGGCUGCCGCGGCCGCGCAGGGGAACCGGGGAGACGACCAGCCGAUCUCGCCCGUGUCCCAGUGUGAGUGUGCGAAUGUGCGUACCAGAGUUUUUCCUCACGUCAGAUUCUGCUGGACUUACUGGAAUUUCCAACUUGACUCACACCCCCAGCGCCUGAUCUCAGAAGCCUUGCAGAGGAGAACAGCAGGAGGAGGAAACUGUUUCGCAACCCCUUAAACACACAAUCACCUUGUGGUUUCCCUUCUGGUCGGAGCGCCUCCGUCUCGGACGCAGUAGCCCGAGACGAGCCCGCAGAGACGACCUGGUCCAUUACUCUAUCGCCCAGAAUAAUUAUGCAAGUGUUACCUUUCUAUGAUUUCUUACACGAGCUUUUUACACUGAACUACAAAGAGUCUUUGUAGACUUGGUGAAGACGGUUGUGCUUUUAAAUGUGAAAAGGACACCUGAUGUGCCCAUUCGAUCGAACCUUGGUCUCCAGGACGCCUGCUAACUCUUUUUUUUUUUUUUCCUCCGACUCUGAACGAUAGCCACCGUAGACCUACCCCCAACUGUGAACAGCACUAAAGAACUACUCUCUCCACAACGCUAGCCAAAAGCUGCUACCAGCUUUGCCAACUCCCUUUUUUCCUUUUGCGUCUCAAGUAAAAGGUGGGCAGUCUUGCUCAAGACGUGGUGAUGGUGCAUUGUGGGUACGAGGAAAAAUCUGUGCAAGCUGUGCUGUUGUGACCACAAAUUCAAACUUUAAAAAAAGAAAAAUUCUUUUAACCCACGCCAGCUGUGUGAAGCCUUGUGGGCUCGUGAAUUGUAAUUUUUUUUUUUGUGCGUGUGUGUGUGUGUGUGUGUUCUCCUCCUACGUAGGGAAUCAGGUAUGGUACGUCUUAACUGGAGCAAACUUGCACGUCACCUGUCUUCUGUGGGUACGAUUGCCCACCCCGCCCCCCCAUGUGUGUGUAACCACUACCCGAUCUCGUUUUUCUGUCUCCAACGUAACACUAUGCUGACGUGCGGCGAGGAGUUUCCGUCGCCGCGGCCGGGCAUCGCGCUCCCCGAGUCUUAAAGGUGCUGUAGGCAGGAUUCCGCAUCUCCGCCAUCUUGCUUAGGUUUACCUAAGCAAGAUGGCAAGAUGGCGAUUUGACCCAUCUAAGAUGGCGAUUUGAA